AUGGAUCUGAGCUGCCCCGGUUUGCCACCCACGUGAACUGGGGAGGAGGUCAAGACAUUCUGUGGCCAUGGUCAUCAAGUAUUAUGUAUGCACAAGCUCGGUGAAGCAGCCUGUGACGCUCUGAUAGGAAAGGGAUGACACAACCCUGCUAUCGCCUCUUGUGACGUGUGUGACGGAAGGAAAGCUGGUGUGUCUUUACCCAUGUGGAGGAUUUACAUUCGAGCAGACGUGAACUCUAGAGCAGACGUGAAACGAGCAGACGGCAAGUUUACGUCUGCCCCUGUGGUGGAUUUUGUCGACAGACGUGUCCAUUGAUGGCUUGUGUGGAUUUACUAUAGAUUUUGAUAUGGAAUAGCCAGUGAAUUUGAUGCAUACAGUUUUGUGUCGUCUGCUGUUGAUGAAACAGAUGUGCUGUUAGACUGCUACAGUGGUGUUUGAUGCCUUGGAUUGGGCCGGCCCCAGAACUGUCCUGGUACCAAGAACAGAUCAAGGAUUUGGAUUUACUCUGAGGCAUUUUAUUGUAUACCCACCGGAACUAACGGAUGACAGUUCACAGGGAGAGGACUUGGAACACAAUGGCAGUGAAAAGAGAAGUAAGCGGACCAAGCUGGCCAGCUUGGAGCCGAUGGACACCAUCUUUGUGAAGAAUGUGAAGGAGGAAAGCCCCGCACAUGUCGCUGGCCUCAAGACAGGAGACCGCAUCGUGUCCGUCAACGGAGAAUCUGUUACCGGGAAGUCCUACUCCCAAGUCAUCUCUCUUAUACAGUCCAGUGAUGCAGCUUUGAAACUUCUUGUUGUGCCCAAAGAUGAAGACAUUCUACAGUUGGCCUACCACCCACAAGCUCAGGAUUCCAUAAGCGGAAGUAAUGGUUCCCUAGACUCCGACCGCCAAGCUACUGCCCCUAUCCGAAGAGUCCACUCUGCUUACGCUUCAAACGAAAAUGUGUUAUCACCCGAACCCCGCCAGGAAUCCCGACUGUCCUUCACAGUCAAGGACCACCGAAACAAGGACUACUAUACAGAUCGAUCAAGAGAGUUCGGUCCUUACCCCUUGAAAACCUCUGCGUCCUUCGGUUCAGCGUUGUCUUCUUACAAGGAACCCUUGAGGAGUGAUAGCAGCUACAACAGAGAAGCGUUUUUCCGGGAUUCUGAUUUUGAUUAUCGGAAUCCCCAUGGUUUUGACGGAGUCAGCAUGAGCUCCAGUGUGUCGUGUUCAAUUCCACAGAAGAAAUAUUCCUUUGGACUGUACUUUCCUCCCCAACAGGGAGAUAACAAGUCAAACAGCAUGGAUGGUUUAAACAAGGGGAGUAAUCGAUAUUCUAAGGAAAAUAUCCGAGAUUCGGGUUCAGAGUUACGUCCACGUAGAUUAGGAUACGAACACAGACAGCCGUCGUUUGAUAACACAUCAGACAAUUCGCAGUCCAAGGAGUCUCUUUUACGUUCACAAGAUAGAUUAGGAAUAGAUUCGAAACCACCGCCAUAUUCACCAAGUGGUUCGAAAGUUUUAAAAUCGGGAGAUUCCACGUCCAUUAUCAUAUCACGCUCCCACACAACGUCAUCGUUAUCAUCACCAGCAUCCAACAUAACAUCGCAGUCGCCGUACCGCAGCCAGAUUUCCGGUAGACGUGGAAGUGACGUUGAAUAUAAAACAGAUGUUCGCGGAGUUCGGCAUUAUGUUCCUGUUGUGUCGGCAAAUCCGCUUGAGAAAGGUACCAAAUCUUCCAGUGUUGAUAACAUCGAUUCAAGGUUAAGUCGGUUCCAGACGCAGCGCUCAUGGCAUACGGACAGCAACCGAUUCCAUGAUCAAGCCAAUCCUGAAAGCCCAAUGAGAACGUUUGUGGUCCGGAUUCCAGUUGGGGACCGAUCGAUGGGGAGUGAUGGAACUGAUGGAGGGGGGAAGGGAUCGGGGACGACAUUUGCCUUGACACGAUCCCCUGUCACAACGCAGAUAGAAAUUAAGAAGACUCCCAGACAGAUUGUCUCGCAUAGGAAACAACUGUUUGAGUUAGGUAAAAAUGAAAACCACAGUCCAGGAAUUAAGUUUGAUAGGUGUAAAACUGAACUUGAAAAAAUGACGACUUUCAAGAAGUUUGAAAGUGUUGCAAAUCGUGCCGCAGUCUUUGAACAAAAGCAAGAUUCCCCAGAACCUGAGGUUCCUAGCAAUUCUGUUCAGGUUCAGCCUGCCAUUAAAGUCCGGAAAAUUUCAACCGAACGUUAUAUCCCGCCCAAAAUGUCUAACGAUAAACCCGACCGUCCCGCCACUUUGGCGAGCUAUCAGGAAGCGCCGGCGCCAAUACGGAUAUAUGUUUCUCCUGGUAGUUCUAGUGCUCCAGUGUCUCCCAUUGUGGAGAUUGUGCCUGUCUUCCAGGAGAAUCAACCGGCACCCAAGAUGACCACAAGCUUGACCCACGACCCCAAGCCCAGACAGUCUUUCAACCAUGAGGAAGAAGUAGUGGAAGAGCCCUUCCCUCAGGCCCGCAUCGUGCAGGAGAACAUCCAUGGAAGUCGUCCCGUGCGGAAGACGUCGUAUCUCUCGGCUGUGAACGCCCCUCGCAGUCGGUAUUCCCAUGAUGCAUCAGAUGAUGACGAAGAUGAUGUUGAUGGCGACGACACGCUGGACAAUCUGGAAAGUCCGUCGAGUCUCCCCGAGCCCCUGGGUUCGACCACUAGCCUAGGUUCCAGUGCUGGCAGCAUCAGUUUAUUCUCCUCGUAUAGCAAUGUCCCUUCAGUCAUGUCCUCCAGUGACGGCGGGGUGCUGCUGUCCCGGAUAGAUGCUGGCUCCACGUCAGGCUCCACGUUCCUCGGAAGCUCCAUGGAUACAAACAUCUCGGAGCCAGGAGUACAGAUGAGGUCCAAGACCAUAGUAUCUCCUGAGGAGGAGGCGGUAAAGCUCCACAGGCGGACUUCGUACCUGAUGGCAACUGCGAGAGACCGCUCCAACCAGCAGCCGUACGAGCAGUCCUUCUCACCACCAGCUUCUAUUCCCGAGGGACAGUUGGUCACUCCGCCACACAAACCCAGCUUGAACAAGAUCAAGCACUUCUUUGGUGAAAAGACCCCCUGUAUCAUCGAGGCAAUGGAGCCAAAGCUUGAGAUGCCAGAGUCCCCGCUCCCGGAAAUCGUCAAGGAGGGAUGGCUGACAUGUAAAACCACCAUCACAGAUGGAAAGAAAUCAAGUGACCGAUCGUGGAAGGAGGCCUGGGUCGUACUGCGAGGUCACUGUUUGUUCCUGUUCAAGGAGAGGAGGGAGAGCCAAAGUACCUUCAGUUUUGAUGACGAGAAGCCGAUUUCCAUCAAGUCCAGCCUUGUCGACAUCAAACACGAGUACGCCAAGCGGAAGAAGCAUGUGUUUCAGCUCGUCACGUACAACGGAUCCGAGUACCUAUUCCAGGCCGAUGAUAAGGGUACCAUGUUGCUCUGGAUACAAGCAAUCAAAACCAACAACAACCCAGAUUGUGAUGUAAGAAAGAGACGUGAUGAAGGAAUUGGUAACGCCGACCUGAUCCGUCGCAAGUCCUCCCAGGCAGAACUGACGGUCAAGACGUCACCCACUGCAACCCACAAGCCUAGCAAGAAACACAGUGCCCUCUCCCUCAAGAAGGCUGCUUCUCCCAGUGUCAAACGUAAGAAGACAGGAAGUGAGAAAGACUCCAAGUCGCGGGGUUGGAAGGAACGCAUUAUGCCAAGCUUCAAGAAACACCAUGAGAACAAUAGCUCCACCGCCCUGUCUGAAAUGGAUGAAGAAUGUAUGAAGACGGCAGCCUUCGGAGUGUCCCUUGACCUGUGUAUGCCGUCACCACACAACGAGUAUGUUCCCCUGAUCGUGGAGCUAUGUACCCGUAUUGUGGAGGCGCGAGGUCUGGAGGUCAUUGGGGUGUACCGCGUACCUGGCAACUCAGUGGCAGUGCAGAACAUGCAGGAAGAGCUCAACAAGGGAAUUGAGAAUGUUAACAUCGACAAUGAGAAGUGGUUGGAUGUGAACGUGAUCAGCUCACUCCUGAAAGCCUUCUUCAGGAAGUUACCUGAACCCCUCGUCACAAACAAAUGUUAUGGGAGUUUCAUCGAAGCUAAUCGUAUUUCGGACCCGGAGAAGCGGAUGCUGAAGCUGAAGAGGCGGCUACAUACUCUUCCAGAGCAUCAUUUCGAGACAUUUAAGAGGAUGGCGGAGCACCUGAACCGGGUGGCAGCCUACGGACACAUUAACAAGAUGAAUGCCAAAAACCUUGCCACAAUGUUUGGUCCCACCUUGAUUCGUAAAUCCGAGGAUGACACAAUCUCCAUGGUUACAGAUAUGUCGGAUCAGUGUCACAUCGUUGAGAGCAUCAUCAUUCAUUUUGACUGGUUCUUCAGUUCUUGGGAGGACGACCACACUGUCCCCUCCGAGGAGGUCUGCGAAACCCCGGUCACCUCCGACGUCCGAGUCAUGCGAGAUGAUGACGAGGACCUUGAUUCGGUGAUCAACACCCGCGAGAUCGUCUCCUCUAUCAUCAGUGCUGCCCACAAGAAACUCCACAGCAAACAAAACCAGAAGAGCAUGGACUCACUCGACUUUGACGAGUCCUUCAAUGAGCGUGAUAUCGACCUUGAAAUUAGUCGGAAGGGAAGCAGUGCCACCAAGAUGAGCAAGUCACAAUCCACGAUCAGCUCCGUUCCAUCGUCUCGCAGUAUUUCUGAGGAAUUCCUUGAUCGUAAACUAUCCUCCUCGACUAUGAAGUCACUUCCACAAUCAACUGUUGACGAGACAGAUUCGCUGGACUUUGACUGCACGGAUAGCAAGUCUGAGUUUAAACCACAAUCAAAGUCUUUCAAUGUGAGUACAUUUUCCCGGCAUUACUCUGAUGAGUCUUUGCUUGAUAGGAACGAUGAAUUAGAGAUGUCGCACGGUAUGAGCAGUACAUGGAGUUUGAGCCGAGAUACCCUUGAUCGGUUGAAACGGAUCGAGUAUGAGGCACGCGCUCUUCGUGAACGAGAAGAACAGCGUCAGAGGGACAUGGAAAAAUGUCGUCGUGAGCAACAGCGGAUUGAGCAGGAGUAUCAGAAGACGAAGAAAGAGAUGGAGAUGGAAGAGACGCAUAGUGUAGAAGAUUUGUUGAACUGGAGACCAGACUACUCACACCGACUCCAGGAUGUGCCCGUGUCCGAGUAUUCCGGGAGUGACAGCCGUGGAUCUGUUGGGGCAGGUCACAGACAUUAUCCUUCCACAGACUCCUCCCAGUCUGGAGGUCCCUCAGAUGGGAAGGUCCAGUUACGGAGACCGGAAUCACAGCAGGACAGGGGUCAUGGGGGGAAGUAUUUUGUCAGUAUCGGGAACACUCGGGGAAGGUCCAGGGAAAGAAGUGGUGGUCGGGUAACCCAGGGAAGCCUCGACUCCCUGGCUCCUCGCUUCUCCCGAGCUGGUUCCUUGGAGAAUAUAUUAGACAGUCACGGCCACAUCCACCCACCGCAGUCUCACGUGCGUGGGCCGAGCUAUCGUCAGAGGGACGGGCGGAGAGAUUCUAGGCAUGAAGGUGAGAAAAAGAGACCUCAUGGGAAUCUGAGUCGAGGGGGGUCUGUUCGACACGGGUCACUCGACUCAUUGAUUGAUUUGUAUGAUAAACAGGACAAUCGUGGUUCGUGGGCAUCGUCUGAUUCAGAAGAUGGGUCAGAUCUGCUUACAAGUCUGACUACGACCUUUGAUCAGAAGUUACAAAUUCUUUUGAAUCCUAAGUAUAAACUGAGUGGUAGCAGGAGAGGAGGACACAGGGCAGAGGACGUGAGUAGUGCUAGUAAUGUGGAGGACGCUGUAGAGGACAAGGACAAUGAUGUGGAGAAGACUGUGGAGGUCGUCCCCCACAAGAACACUCCAGUGGUCCUCCCUCAACAUGGGGUGCCUGGAAUAGGGGAUUUUUCUCGGGACAGACCUUUCCGGGACCCAAGUCUCCACCGGUCCUCGAAAUCUGAAACUAAAAUCGGUAUUGCAUCUCGCUUUGAGCGAGGGAGUCAAGUCACGCAGCCUCAGUCCACUGCAACAGUUCUUCCUGUUACCGGGAGUCCACAGUCGUUGCAGAAUCGAAAGUCUACUCAGGAACUAAAAGCCUUUCCAUUUAAGUUCACAGGAAAACCUGUGAAUGAAACGGGUGCUACAGUGAUGGUGACAUCGCCGCCGACGUUGACCCAACCAAAGAAACUGGAAACGAAACCUGUGAGUAAAUCUGAUUUUAGACCUAUCUCUAAGUCAGAAAAGACUGAAGUUAAUUCCACACUGGCCAAGUUGAGCCGGGAAGAGAAAUAUUUCAGUGGCAGAGACGCUGUAAAGUCAGCUGUGUUUUCUAAACCUGCUUGCAGAUCCGAGUCCCCAGUCGGUGACAAGAAGCGCACAAAACGGUCAAAGCGACGUCACACUGUUGGAGGCACAAACGACUUGGAGCAUUUCAAGGCUUUGAUUUCCGUCACAAGCGGAAAAGAGGCGGAAACUGAACCUAAAGUGUCUGCUUGGGAACAGUUGCAGCCAGUUGUCAAGGAAACGGCAGUACCAGAGAACAGGUCCUUGUUGUCAUGGAUACAGUCCGAAAGACUUCGUGGAAGUACACCAGAUUUAACAUCGGAGUCCAAACAUUAGAUGUUACCAUGGUUGCAGAAUGUGAGAAUGUUGUUACCGAACCAGUGUGCAAGUUGCAAUUUUGUUUGUGCAUUUAGUAAGAGAACUGAAGUAGUUAAAACUGGGACUGCAAUGUUGAUGGGUUCUGUUUUUGUUUACAGACUGUACAAACGUGGAGUGCUUAUUGAAUUUGAUUGGAAACUGCCAUUUGUGUACAUUUUCAUCUGUGGUGAAUGCUUCUCUACCAUUUGCAAGGUUUACCAUGAAUAUUGUUGUGGUGGUCGAGUUGUUGAGGUUAAUAUUUUGAAUUUACAAAAUGAUACUAGAAUGUGAUCCCAUGAUUUUUAAUUCAAUUCAAAGGCUGAAUCAUUUGUUACAUUUUUAGCAUUAAAGUAUAAGAAAAUUUAAUUAAUGAAAGCAACUCCUUAAAUCUGUCUUACAAUUAACACUACCAACCAUACAUAUCUAUCAGACAAGUUUGAAUAUUCAUAUGCCUUAUUAAUAUUCAUAAACUUACUAAAUAUGUGAAGGUUGAUAUUUACUUGGAAAUAUCCCUUAAUUUGCUUACUGUAUUACAAUUUAUAAGUGCUAAUAAAUGUCUUAAAUAAUGAGAUAUCCUUAAUCUUGAAAAUCCUUUGAAAGUGAUAUUUUAUUGUCCAUAUAAGUAUGUUUUUUUCUGAAAACUUUGUAUUAUUUUAUGUAUCUAUAUUUGUUUUCAUUUAAUUCACCCAACAUGAAACUGAACUUUUGAUGCAAUAUUAGGUUCUAGGUUGACAAAAUUGGUAUUUUGCAAUAUCGACGAUGGACUGUUUUUUUCAUGCAUGAAUGUUUGGACUUGUAUAGAAUUUUAGUGAAACAUUGAUUUUAUGAGCUGGUCUCCGUUAACUUUUAAACCUUUUUUAUUUUUGCAAACUUUUUUGACAAUUUACCUAUUAUUUAUGACAUGAAGUGAAAUUGAAAAUAGGACAUUUGUAAAGUAAAAAAAUAAUAUAGUGCUGCCCUUUUCCAUUCAGAUAGUGGACUGUUAUUUGUAAUGUGUGAAUUGAAUUUUUGUAAGAAGGUUAAGUAGAAAUAGAUAUAUAUUCCUGAUUAAAUUGUUAAGAAUGUAAUACUUAUUAGAUUAAGAAAUAGGUGACAAGUAUCUUGAAAAUAUUAUGUUGAGAUUCAUAUGUUAUAACAAGUUGAUACUGAUAAGUAAAACUACUUGGAAAGUUUGUAUUGCAUUGCCACAUUUGUGAUGAUAUUGAGAUUUGGUGACUUGAUCAUAUUACCGGUAUUCUUAAGAGCUUCACAAUAGAAAUUGGCUGUUUUGAUAAUAAUUAGAACCAUGUCUAGGUCCCUUUGAAGAUUAACAGGACAAAAUGUUUCUUGUUUUGAGGAUAAGACUGCUUUUGGCAAAUAUAAUUUUUAAAAAUAAAAGUAUGCACUCAAUUUUUCUUUAUGUUAAAUAUGUACCCAUUGUUAAGAAUUGCACUUUAUGAGUUUAUUUUAGAAACUUUACUUAAUAUAACCUGUGAUUUUUUUAUUGUUCCUUGAGAAUUGAGGCACAUUUACCCAAAAAAUCCACAAAACAAGAAAUAUAAUUGACCUGGCCUUCGUUGGUUUGUUCAUGUUGGAGGUGUGCGAAAAUGUAUCAUGCUUAAGGCAGGUUUUCAUUAAUGAGUCUUCAUACGUAUUAACACUGAUGAUCAUCAAAUUCCACAGAUACAAAUGAAGCUUAAGACUUGCAGCCACUGAUUAUCAUCAGGAGCUGUUAAAGAUUUAAUGAUCUAUAUACUUAGGAAUUUAAGUCUCAACAAGCAUGUUUGUGUGAGGGAACCAUAUGCCAAAAUCAAAGACAAACAGAUUCAUUUUUGUGAUAUUAACUACUGAUAGCAGAUAAACUAGUUUUGGUUUUACACUACAUCAUUUUAAGACCUUUGUUCUGUUUCAAGGAUACAUGUGGUUUUUCUUCUCAAUAAAUAGCAUUAAAUAAUUUAAUACCUCCCAGAAUACUGCAUAAAAUGCAGAUAUUAAGUAUUCUUAGUGUUAAUGUUAACAGUUUGACAGUAAGACUUAAUAAUAAGACUGAUACUUAUUAAACAGAAAUAUGAUUUUCAUAUUGAGUGAAGAUGACAUUUUGAUAAUUCUUAAAUGAAUAUGUAUCUUCUUGCCUUUUAUAAAGUGCGUCUUCCUAUUUUUUUAUCACUUGUUCCCUGAAAACAUUCGAUUCUUCUACUCUCUUGUUCAGUAUUAUUUAUUUUUUGUGUAAGUUUUUUCAUUUUGUUUUUCUUUUUGCUGAUGUGUAGAUUUCUGCUCAUUGUGAAAUAGUAACUUUAAGAUCUACAUUGUAACACUAUGCAGUAUUCUGGUUUAACAGACGGAAGUACAUUCAAGGUGAUUUAGCAGCUUUCAUGCCUCAGUCUUUAUCGUUUUCAGUCAUUUCAGCGGACACAUGUACUUUUUCUCAUAUUUAUGAAAAUAUAUGAGGUAUGUAUAUGGGGGGUGUAAUAACACUAGUCUCCAUAAGAGCCUAUCUUUACAUGCAAAAAUACAUUGUUUUAAAGUUAUUUCUGUUUUUGUGUUUUUCAUAACCAAACUAACAAUCACUGUUUUCAUUUAAAAUUGUUGUUCCUUUUGGCUGCCAACUUGAAUCAAUCCAAAGUGGUAAACUGUGAGUUCCUGUUGACCUCCUGCUGAUUCUGAUUUCCAUUCUAGGGACUCUCUGUGUGAUAGAUGUUAAAACAAUGCAAAUAAACAUUUCACCCCAAGAGUUAAGAACCAACCAUAUUAUUUGGGGUUUGGGUAGGGGUGUGACAGAAUUAUCUGUCUCUAACAAAACAAAUCACAGCAAAAUAUUUGUCCCUUGUGUUACCAGAAUGUCCAGUUAUAAAGAGGUAAUAUGUUUGAUAAGUUUUAACUAAAUAACAAUUACAUUACUGAAAAAAUAGCUGCCAAUUUGAAUGGUUUUUUUUGCAUAUCUAGGGUAUAUUAUUAUAAAAGAAAGAAUGUAAUGUUUACAAUUUCAUCAGGUUUCACUGCCAAACAGUAUUGGUCCUCCAUGCCAAAGACACAGGGUGGGGGUACAUCCAAAAGUAUAUUGUUGACCAAAUGAUGUUAAUUAUCUAUUGGGAUCAUUUUGUUUUUAAUUUUGGCAGUUCAUUUUGACAAUAUAGAAACACAUUAAUCAGUGCAAGGAGUGACACAUAAGGGCUAUAUUCUUGAGUUGGUUUGUUUGUUGUUUUACGCCGCACUCAGCAAUAUUCCAGCUAUAUGACGGCGGUCUGUAAAUAAUCAAGUCUGGACCAGACAAUCCAGUGAUUGAGAUCAUGAGCAUCGAUCCAUGCAAUUCGGACCGAUGACAUGCUUCAACCAAGUCAGCGAGUCGAUCACCCGAUCCCCUUAGUUGCCUUCUAUGACAAGCUUAGUUGCCUUUUAUGGCAAACGUGGGUUGCUGAAGACCUAUUCUACCCCGUAUCUUCAUGGUAUGUUAUUCAGGAGGGUUAUAAGGGUUAGUUUACAUGUCCUUUGUCAUUCAGAAACAAGGAACAAGGGUUAUACCAAGGGUGACAUCUUAUCCCUAUUGAUUUGACUGAACAUUACAAAGACUGGGGCAUACAAUCUACAUUGAACCUGUUCCAUUCUAUGUGUAUAUUUUUGCAACAUACAUGUAAAUAUAAUAACAGUGGAUGUGUUGAUGAAGUAAACCUACUGUAUAAUGAUGCUUUAAUCUUGUUAACAACUGCGGAACGCUCAUAAAACGCCUGUAAUAAAUUACAUGUAAAUAUCA